AUGGACCUGGUGCUGCUGCUCAGGAGGCUCGCGCUCGUCUCGUCCGUCUGCCUCCUGCUCGGCGCGGCGGCCACGCGCGCGUGUGGUCCGGGUCGCGGUUACGGCAAGCGCAGGCACCCGAAGAGGCUCACCCCGCUGGCGUACAAGCAGUUCAUCCCCAACGUGGCGGAGAAGACGCUGGGCGCCAGCGGCAAGUACGAGGGCAAGAUCACGCGCAACUCGGAGCGCUUCAAGGAGCUCGCGCCCAACUACAACCCCGACAUCAUCUUCAAGGACGAGGAGAACACCGGGGCCGACCGCCUCAUGACCCAGCGAUGUAAAGACAAGCUGAACUCGUUGGCCAUCUCGGUGAUGAACCAGUGGCCGGGGGUGAAACUGCGCGUCACCGAGGCCUGGGACGAGGACGGCAACCAUUUCGAGGAGUCUCUGCACUACGAGGGCCGGGCGGUGGACAUCACCACCUCGGACAGAGACAAGAGCAAGUACGGGAUGCUGUCCAGGCUCGCCGUGGAGGCCGGGUUCGACUGGGUCUACUACGAAUCCAAAGCCCACAUCCACUGUUCUGUUAAAGCAGAGAACUCUGUGGCGGUUAAAUCCGGCGGCUGUUUUCCCGCCUCUGCUUCGGUUCUCCUGGCUGAUGGGAGCAGGAAGCGGGUGGAGGAUCUGAAGGUGGGCGACAGGGUGCUGGCGGCGGACGAGGACGGGAACGCCGUGUACAGCGACUUCAUCGCGUUCCUGGACCGAGACGCGAGCGUUCGUCGGACGUUUCUGGUCCUGGAGACGUCGGAGCCGGGCGUGGCCCUCAUGCUCACGCCAGCGCACCUGGUUUUCGUCCGGGACGAUUCGGCCGCCUCGGGGAUGCUGGCGAAGUUUGCGAGCAGUGUGAGACCCGGUCAGGAGGUGUUCGUUUCGGAGGGGGGGCGUGGACGCCUGCGGGCGGCGCUCGUGGAGCGGGUUCGUACGGUGGAGGACGGCGGAUCGUACGCGCCGCUCACGGCACACGGGACGGUGGUGGUGGACGGGGUGCUGGCGUCGUGCUACGCGGCCGUAGAGGAGCAGCGCUGGGCGCACUGGGCGUUCGCGCCGCUCAGGAUGCGCCAUGCGGUCACGGCGUCCACAUGGUGGCGCUGGAUCGUUCCGGAUGUCAGUCUGAACGUCACGCUGGAGCAGGACGGGGUGCACUGGUACCCCCGGAUGCUGCUGCACGUCGGGCCGUGGCUGCUGGACCGGGACUCGUUUCAUCCGCUCGGGAUCUCCAGCACCAGCUGA